CAAAUGGUUUAACACUAUAAAUAAUAAGACCGUUGACCUCUAAGAACUAAAAGACAGCUAACCUCAUAAUCUAACGUAUACAUCCAAUCAUUUAUGUAUUAUAUUUCACAUGUAAAUGCCUCUAUUUUCCCUUUCCUUUACUUCAAACCUACCCAAAUACAUCUUUCUUCUCUAUCUAUCUUAUUACCGUUGACUUUGUCAAAUAUUUGAAUCCCCAAUGUGUAAAAAGAAACCAAACCAAUAAUUAUAAUUAUGAUCAUGAUCAUGGGCUUCUUCAAUCCCAAGCCCUGAUGUUUUGCUUUGUCAUAAUUAUUAUUAGUAGGAGAGAUGAACUCCACAACAAGUGGUGAUUACGGUGGUGGUUUCUUUGGCUCAAAAGACAUUGGUGGCUUUGGUUAUGGCAUUGGAGUUUCAGUUGGGAUUUUAUUACUCAUCACAAGCAUAACUCUUGCUUCUUACUUCUGUACUCGUUCCCAACAGCAGCAACAACAACAUCAGGUGUCUGGGCCCGACCGUCAUAGCGCGGCCCAAGGCGGGAGGAACCGCCGGGCCCAGCAGCAGCAGCAGCUGCAUCAUGAUUUGCAUAGCUUUGUUGUUGAUAUUGGAUUAGAUGAUGCCACAAUUAAGAGUUACCCCAAAUUACCAUACUCUGAGGCUAAUAAGCUUAAGAAGACUAAUUCAACUUCUUCAUGUUGUUGUUCCAUAUGUUUGGCUGAUUAUAAGGCUAAUGAUAUGCUAAGGCAGUUGCCUGAUUGUAGCCACCUCUUUCAUGUCAAGUGUGUAGAUCCUUGGCUUAGGCUGCACCCCACAUGCCCGGUGUGCCGGACAUCGCCGAUCCCGACUCCCCUCUCAACUCCCCUGGCUGAGGUUGUUCCUUUGGCUACAAGGAGAGACUGAUCUAGAUUGUAAACAUUUCACAACACAAGAAAGAAGAAGCAAUAUGGUUGUGUUUGUUUAAUUUAGCUUCUAUAAUUCUUUUCUUUUGGAUCUCCUACAUAUUGAUACAGCUUUGUUUCACAUAGUAAACUUUAUUCAAAUUAAUUCCCUUUUUUUCUUUUCUAGUUUAGGAUUAGAUUUACAUGUUUGUAUAUUGGCAAAAUGUUUGGAGUAACUUUUGAAAAGUUUGUGCAUCUUGUAAAGAAAGAACUUAAAUCUCUUCUUUGAAAACUUAUUUU